GUUCUGUGCAGUUGACUGUGCUUUAUGUUGCGUAGGGCUAUGUUAUUUUAAUAUUAAUUUCUCUACAAGGUUUGGUAAAUUCAAUACUAUAGUCAGUUUAUAGUGAUCUGUGACUAUACUAGCUAGCUACUUUGAUUUAAUUUAAGAAUAAAUAUUUAUAUAAAUAGCAGUCUGUAAAUCAAUUCGAAGUUAUGAGCAGUAGAAAAGAACAGCUGAAGAAAUCUUUAGGUAUAACGGAGUAUCCCUGGAGUUCGGAUGAUGAGGACCAGCCUAUGCCGGAUGUGCAUUUGCUGAGAAGACAAGCCGCUGAGCCUCGCCCGAGUGUAGCUGACAUGCCUGGUACAAGUGGUCAAACAGCACAGAACCUCUCAUCAUCAUCACUUACACCAGCUAAGAGAAAUGAAGCUGAUGCGUUUUGGUCAAUAAUCAAUUACCAAAAUAAGCCGAUACCUGCAGGAGUAUCACGUACGAGAUUAUGUGACGCUUCCCGACCAACUCCGAACACACCAGCGUCUGACAUGCGCGAGCGUGCGGAGCGUAUGAAUGCCGCUGCUGACAUUCAGCGUAUACUUGCAAUCAAAAAAAUCACUCAGAACAGACUGGGAGCCCUGCGUCCCAACAGGUCUAACACAAGCCUUUACUCUAUGUCCUCACGAGGAUUAACUGGACCAUCAAGAAAUCCAUUGUUCUCCCCGACAUUAACAUCUGCAACUAUAAGAGCCCAUCAAAACGCUUUAAGGAGACUACAAGCUAAUCGUAAUGCUCAGGCUGCCCUCACCAAUAGAUGUUCAGGUAAUAAUACGUCUACACCGGAAAGGAUACAAUCAUACAUGGGGAUGUUGGAAUUCCCACGAUUGCCAGACCGCAGAACUUCAGAACCCGUCCAGCCCUCGACUACCACACCUACUCAAGCCGAAACUGAUUUGUCCAGCAAUACGGCAGCAGUUCGAUCAGCAAGAAGUGAGAAUCCGACCACAUGUCCAGAAACUAAUGAAUUGGACACGCCAAACAAUGCAACGGGUGGUAUGUCGUUAGAGGAAGAGAUAGUCGAGAUCGAUGCUCAGGAUGAAGCAGACGGUAACAAUGCCAUAGAAAACACAACGCAAAAUAAUGUGGUCAACGCUGACGUUGAACUGAACCAGGUUGUAACACUGGAUGCGGAUGACGAAUCUAAACGUUUGCAACAAGAAAGGAGAAGAGAAGGUAAUUUAUCGCCGGAAGAUGCGGAACCAUUCACUGUCAAAGAAUUUAAUCAAAGUUUACUGCGUCUGCUGGAGUGUCCUGUGUGUUUGGAGUGGAUGGAGCCGCCGAUGUCUCAGUGUCGGCGCGGGCAUCUUGUCUGUGGCAGAUGUAGAGCUCGUCUCGCCUCCUGUCCGGUUUGUCGGACCACCUUCUCAUCAGUACGCAAUCGCGCCAUGGAGGGGGUGGCGGAGAUGGUACGGUAUCCGUGCCGCCACAUGUGCGGGCGCGAGGUGCGGCUGAGGCGUCGCGCCGCGCACGAGGCCAGCUGCGGGGCUCGGCGGUACGCGUGCCCCGCGCCCGCCUGCAGCGACCGCCCGCCGCUGCCCAGGGAACAGCUGGCGCAACACUUCCAGAGUAAGCACAUGACAAUGCUGAAGAUCGGUCGCAAACACAAGUUCUCUAUGAAGGUGAACUCUGAGCAGCACGACACGUGGGUGAUAGCGGCUCUACACGAGUACUUCUCGCUCCGAGUGGACGUCGAUAUACGCACCUGGGGCAUCAUAGUAUACGUCGCCUACAUUGGACCAAAGUGUAACGCCAAAAACUUUACUUACGAGGUAUCCGUUAUAGGACAACACAAAUCUAGAAAGCUUGUAUACUGUAGAUCUACACACAGCGAUUUAGAGAGUUCUUCGUUGAAUGUCAGCCGCCAAGAUUGCUUCCACCUGACCUUAGAUCAGGCGCUCAACUUCCUGCGUGUUAAGAACAGACAUUGCGAGCCGGAUAAGUUCUUAGAUUUCAACGUCGAAAUCAGUAAGAGUGAAAUAGAGAGUCGGGACGAUUCCGAUUCCUGAUUCGCGUUUAUAACGAAUCUGGUGAGGCGUCGUGUCGCGAAGGCAGUGCGUAUGGCUCGCCGUUCUAAGUUCAAACGUCGUUGGAGUAUGCUCAUAAAGGAAGUGUUACAGUGAUUUAUAAAAGUGUUUUGAAGUAAAGGUCGUGAUUAUUCGUGAGAUAUCGACGCUGG